CAGUCUUUUUUCAACUUUUGUAUUCUAGUUUGUGUUUUUUUCUUAAAGGAUACUUCACCAAUGUCAAACAGACGAAGACAUGUAGGCAAUAGGGACAAACCAGAACCAACAAGAUGUCUUGGUAUAUUUGGUCUCAGUCUUUACACAACAGAGAGAGAUCUGAGGGAUGUGUUUUCUAGAUAUGGUCCAUUGGAGGAAGUUCAAGUUGUUUAUGACAGACAGAGUGGCAGAUCAAGAGGAUUUUGUUUCAUAUAUUUCAAGAAUAUCGAAGAUUCAAUAGAGGCAAAAGACAGAUGUGCUGGACAAGAAAUAGAUGGCAGAAGGAUUAGAGUAGAUUAUUCCAUUACAGAAAGAGCACAUACUCCUACACCUGGUAUAUACUUGGGCAAGCCUACAACGCCUCCAAGAGACAGGGGACAUAGUAGUGGCGGUGGUGGUGGUGGAGGAGGAGGAGGAGGACGUUAUAGAUCACCUUCACCUUAUCAAAGUCGAAGUAGUCGUCAUUAUUCUAGAUCAAGGUCAAGAUCAUAUUCUCCUCGUCGUCGUUAUUAAAAUCAGCAAAGCAGAGAUCAACAAAUUAUAGAGUGCUGUUCCAGUAUAACAUGUCGGAUAUUGACAUGUUGUAAAAAAGAAUUUUAUUGACAAGUUACUGUUUCAUUUCAAAUGUGAAAAAAAUGUAUUGUUUUCAUGCCAGAUCAUUUGUCAUUUACUGCACACAUAUUUCUGUCUCCUAUUAUAAAAACUAAUUCAUCUAACUAAGAAAUAAGAUACGGUUAAUUACAUUAUACAUACCACCUAUGGAAGACAUUUUGAAAUCCCUGUCAAGGAUAUAUAUCUUCUAAUACCUUUUCAAAAAAAGGUAGAAAAAGCCCUAUCAUCUAAUAUAAUUGACAUUUUGGUUAGAUAUGUCACUUAUUAGAAUUAUGAUAGAAGACAGAAAAUAAGUUUUGUUACAUACAUUAUCAUUCAGUUUAAUUUGUUCAUGUCAAUGAGUUAUUUCUGUCCUUUGAUAUCAAUGUAUUUAUCAAUCAGAGAGUGAUAAGUUGUGAGGAUUACAUAUAAUUGGUAACAUUAGAUCAUUGUAAUUUGUUCCCAACACAUCUUUUUUCUAAUUGCAGCUUCAGUAUUUUUCACAUGAUACUUGUCAUUAAACAACCAAACAUGGUUCUAGUAUAUUAAGGUUUCUAAUAUGCUUAGUUAUUUUUAUGUACACUUGUUAUUUUGUGGUCAGAACUUUGGUGUAAAGUUUGUUUUAUGAAGACGAACAAAACAUUUGUAAAAGUAGUCAUAAGUUUGUAAAUAACUGAUUGAUUUUAUUUGUAUUGUACAAGGUUGAGAAGAAGGAAGUGGUGGAAAGGUUUAUAAGAAAAUUUGAAGAUUGAUAUGAAGAAAGAAAAUGAAGAGGGGAGAGUUGAAGAUUGAAAAAUAAUACCGAUUAUAAUAUUAAGAAGAAAGUAAAAAAUGAAGAGGGGAAUUAGGAGUAAAGUUUUGAAGAUUUUUGGCUUUUAAGAUUAAGUAUUGGCUGUUUAGAAGAUUUGAAGAGUGAUAAAUGGGGCAAUGAAGAUUGAGAAGAAUGUGAAGAGAAAAAAUUAUUUGGGAAAAUAAUAUGAAGGGAAAAUGGGGUAGGAGCAAGAAGAUUGUCGGUUAAGAAGAUGUAGUCCGUAUUUAGUCGAAGUCUGUUUGGUAAGAUUUGAGCAAAUAACCAGAAUUUAUGGAAGGCAAAAAGUUUUAAUUCUCUAAAAUUUAAAAUUUAUUUUAUUUCUAUAGUAUUGUAAGAAAAGAUUAAAGAAAAACUUUGCUUUCUUCAAUAUUCGAAAAGAUGGUUGAAACCAUUUUCAUGAUCUAUUAGAUUUUUCAGUACACCAUUAAUCUGUUUUGUAGAAUUUUUAUGAAAGUAGUAUGAAAUACUUUGGAGAGUAAAAAUGGCAGGGAAAUUAAUACAUUACACAAUUUCAAUUCCUAACCAUUUAUCUGCAUGUUUUAAGUCAAGGUGAUGCUAGAUGUAGAUUUAAGACAUAAUUUAACCUAUUAUUUUAGGCAUUGAAGAAACGAAGCCUCUUCAUGAAGAUCAGAGGUAUGAUCUUUCCAUCUUAUGUGUAUGUGUAUUUUCUAAAUUAAAGCUGUUUUAGGGAAUUUCAUGCAUAGGAGAUUGUUUUUAUUUAUAGAAUACAAAUUUCAACUGUUUGUUUGAAUUAUAUAUAUGAUAAAAAUGGUAUUUCCUGGAGGUAAGUUGCAGGUCAAAUGUAAGAACUGCAAGUCAAAGUACAUGAUAUCAACAGUGAUAUUUUCAGUCAUAUGGUUGUACACAUUUUUUGUGCACAGAUCUGAAUUUAAAAUUGCUUUUGUUAUUACUACACUUGUACUUUUAAGAAUUUACAGGAAAAAGAGAAAAAGAUGGUAUUCUUGGGAUUGUAACCUUGUGAUUGGGAAAUGAAGAUUGAUCAAAGCAAAGGACUUGAAUUUUAUUUGUAAAUAAUUAUAUAUGUAUCAAUUUAAAUACAUGCUGAAAAUGA